AUGAACGCUGGAUCAAACCUAGGAAGAUUGAGCUACUCAGCUCACAUGUUGUUCUACCCAACAGCAUUUGUGCUUUACCAAUUCGUAUAUAAGCCAUACUCUGCAGCACAGAAUGAGAAGGCUAAGAAGGCAGAUUGGGAAGCUUUGCCAAAGGCUAGGAAAGUAGAUCGUGAUAUUUUCAAUCCAUUUACCCCAAUCCCAUUCCAUAACAACAGAGAGUUAAAAUACGCUUAUGCUCACAUUAACAUGUUGGAUUAUGUGAACGAGAACCAUGUUAACGUGAAGGAUUACCCAUACAAGCAGUACCACAACUCAUAUUCAGAGGACAACGAGUACUUGUACAACUGGACUUCGACUAGCUCCUAUAACCACUAAGAAUAUUCAAUCAGGAGUAAAUGUAUA